AUGAAAUACGUGAUCAACCUACACUGCAGUUCUAUCAAAUCCAUUUGGACCUCGCCUCUGGGACCUCGCCUCUGGGACCUCGCCUCUGGGACCUCGCCUCUGGGAUCUCGCCUCUGGGACCUCGCCUCUGGGACCUCGCCUCUUGGACCUCGCCUCUGGGACCUCGCCUCUGGGACCUCGCCUCUGGGACCUCGCCUCUGGGACCUCGCCGCUGGGACCUCGCCUCUGGGAUCUCGCCUCUGGGACCUUGCCUCUGGGACCUUGCCCCUGGGACCUAGCCUCUGGGACCUCGCCUCUGGGAUCUCGCCUCUGGGACCUCGCCUCUGGGACCUCGCCUCUCGGACCUCGCCUCUGGGACCUCGCCUCUAG